CAUGCAUGCACUCAUGCCUCACAAAGUAUUAUUUUCUUUCCUUUCUCCAGUUGAAUAUGAUUAAAAUUCUUAAUCUUUCUUUAAACAGGAAUUGGUGCCAGUUUUGGAACCGUAACCAUUACUUGCGCCAUGAUACUAAUUUGGCGAAUUGUUUUCUACAUUAAACGAAAGAUCCUAUCAAAUAAAGAUGAUCAAGAACUCGAGGUAAUUAUUAACGAUUGUGGUCUUUUAUGAAUGAGGUUUUGAGCAUUAGCAGAACUUCCCAUGUCAACAUUGUCACUCUUUUGGGAUUCUGUUUAGAAGGAAGCAAAAGAGCGCUCAUAUAUGAAUUUAUGUCCAACGGGUCUCUCGAAAAGUUUAUAUAUGGCAAGAGUAACACAAAUACCAAUCACCAUUUUUUGGGAUGGGAAAAUAUGUUCCGAAUUGCAGUCGAGAUUGCUAAAGGGCUCGAGUACUUGCACCGAGGAUGCAAGACCAGGAUUCUGCAUUUUGACAUAAAGCCUCACAACAUUCUUUUAGACGAAGACUUCUGUCCGAAGAUCUCUGAUUUUGGGUUGGCAAAACUCUGCAUUAAGAAAGAAAGUAUUGUGUCAGUACUCGAGGCUAGAGGCACUAUUGGAUACAUUGCUCCAGAACUUUUUAGCAAAAACUUUGGAGGAGUCUCACAUAAGUCUGAUGUGUAUAGCUAUGGAAUGAUGAUUCUUGAGAUGGUUGGAGCAAGAAACAACACAAACAUCAAAGAAGAAAAUAGCAGUACUGAAACGUAUUUUCCACAUUGGAUCUAUAAACGACUUGAGGAAGAAAAUGAUUUUGGAUUGAAUGGUGAUGUUAUGACUGAAUUGGAAUAUGAAGCUGCAAGGAAGAUGGUCUUGGUGGGUCUCUGGUGCAUACAAAUUGAUCCAUCACGGAGGCCUAACAUUAGUGAGGUCUUAGAUAUGUUGAAAGGAAGUGUAGAAAAUUUGCAUGUCCCACCACGACCUUUUGUAGCUUCUCCUUCAAGAUCACUGCCAUUAGAGUCUUUCAGCUCAUCAGUUUUGUGACAACAAAUGUGUAUACCUGCUAGAGAAAUUGAACUCCAAUUUGGCAUGAUCAAGCAUGUAGAAAGACUUAUCUAUACAUAUAUAUAUAUAUAUAU